UCUGAAAAAUGUAAGGAGGUGAUAGCUUGUAAAUUGUGUUCCCCAAAUUGUCGUAUCUGAACGAAGUAAGCUUUUUUCCGGAUAGCCAGGGAGACGAGUUUUACAGACUUUCCUUUUUUUCCUAGAUACUGCCUUCAUACAGCUAUCAUUUGAAUUCUGCACGUGAGGUUUUGUUUUACUUCAUAUGUAAAAUGUAAGGAUUUUCUCGGAAUGUACGUUAAGGACUAUAGGAGUUCUUAAGUUGGAAAAUAGUUUGUUUUCGCAAUUCGCUCCCUUCAAAAUGGCGACUAUGGUCAUUCGAACAGCUUCCUUUAGAGACGCAGAACAAAACAUGCGAAUUCUUUCGAUGCUGAAUGACCAGAGAUUGCAUUCACGAUUUUGUGACGUUGUUCUUAGAGUAGGUGAAGAACAAAUAUUUGCUCACUCAAACGUUUUGGCAGCAGCUAGUCCCUAUUUUGGAUCUUUUCUUGGAAUGGGUUCAGAUGCACCAAGGGCAUUCUGUGAGAGUUCUCCCCAGGUGAUCGAGAUCCAUAUCGACAGUGCUGACGACAACAGUGGCUUCGGAUAUGGAGAAGCAGUGCGUCAUGUGGUGGACUUUAUGUAUACAUGCACCAUUGAGUUAAACUCCCUUAUCAUAACACAAGUGAUCGAGAUAGCCAAAAUCAUGCAGAUGACGUGCAUUUUGGAUUACUGCAGCAGGUUUCAAAAAGGUGAAAAUGGAAAUCUUCCGCAAAAUAAAGGCACGGGAAUGCCUGUUGCAACUCCAGAUUUCAGUCUGUCAAGAAAGAUUUUGCGGAGAGCGAAUGCAUCAACAGAAACAGAACAGAGUAUGUUUCUGAAGUCUGGAGGAAUUACUUGUUGAUCAUUAAAUCAAAGUACCGUGCUUUCAGUGUCAAACUUAGAAGACAACACAACUGUCCAGACUGUGCUAACCAAAGAUACACUUGUUGUUGAAGGUGAUACAACUUUGGCUCAUUCUGAUGACAACCAAGCAGACAAUGAGGUUAAAUUAGAUGUAAAACUAAAUAAUUCAUCUGAGAUAACAGAUGCAGAGGGUAAUCUUGGACUUGGCAGUGGUGACAUUGUAGUGGAUGACAUUAAAAAGCUAGUGAACAGCUCUUCUAAUAGUCCUGCUCCAGUAAUUGUAAAAAGUGAAAAUACACCAGCUAUUUCUAGCAUGGAAAGAACACUUGAAGUUCAAAGUGAAAAUGUGUUGGUUGAUGUGACUUGCAAGGAUCAGAUGGUUGGACAAGGGAUUGUUUUUCCCCUGCCACUUACUUUACCCUCUCAAGAAACUAAUGUAGCUGAUGCCUUUAGGCUGCUACCUAUUCGAGGGCGAAGGAAAGGUAGACGUAGACGAAAAAGGAAACCAAAGGAAGUGUUAUCAGACAGUGAUCCAGAACUGAUUCAGGAGCCAGAGGAUCUAGAUGAGGAAAACUUAAAAAACAAGAAUGUUAAUACACCAGGAACAUGUGUUCAAAGGCAAGAAGAUGACAAUAUAAAUGCAGCAUCGGAAACUAAUUUCUCUGAAAAUGUAGUCACCCCUACUAAUGCAACUAUUUCUCCAGAGUGUGAUGUGCUCAAGACAGAAAGUGAGAGUGAAAAAACUACUAUACCUAGUCGAACUCGAGGUCGGAAGCCCAUCACAUCAGUUAUGGCCACAUGGUCUUCCCCUCGACUUCGUGCUGGUAUCCCUAGGUCAGUGUACAAAUCAGAUUAUGUCAUGCAUUCUCUGAUCAGGCGCUCUCGACACAGUGGCACUAGAGGGCAGUGCCUUCCCCAGCAUGAGGAAGAUACAGAUACUGGUGAGGAUGGGAAUUUAGAGGAAAUGGGCAGUCUUCUUGGCAGACUUGGAACAGAGAGUGAGAUAGGAGAGAAUCAGACACCAGGACUAAAGUUUGUAUGCCAAACCUGUGAUUUUACUACCAGCAUAUUUCGGGUGUACCGUCAGCAUAUGAAACGGCACCCUGAGACGGACACAAGGAGUUACACUUGUACAGAGUGCGACUUCCAUACUACAAAGGCACGGCAGCUUCUUCAGCACCGUAAAAAGCAUCUGCAUGAAGAACUCAUCUGCAGUUUCUGUGAGGUGCAACUUGAUUCUCCAGAGAAUUUCCAGUUACAUUUACAGCGCCAUGCACAUGCCCUGCCGUACUUUUGUCACUCUUGUGACAUGCGCUUUAAGACACGUACCCAACUGGCAACUCAUUUACCCAAACAUAUGACAGAAAAACCUUUUGUCUGUCAGGUGUGUGGCAAUGGGUUCAAGUGGAAACAUGCUCUCAAGAACCACAUGGUAACCCACAGUGCAACUAAAGAUCACCUUUGUGAUAUCUGUGGAUUUUCCACUGCCCACAAAAGCCAGCUGAAGGCUCACCAUCUUAUCCACACAGGUGAUACAUUUAAGUGUCCAGAACCAGGCUGUCACUUUGAGGCUACUAAGCGGCAAAAUCUCAAAUAUCAUAUGGUUACACAUACUCAGGAAAAGGCACAUCAAUGUGAAGUUUGUGGUCAGGCUUUUUCCCUGAUCAAAAAUAUGCGACGUCACAUGCUAUUGCAUGCAGAGACAAGGCCCUACCACUGUUCACUUUGCUCCUACACCACAACACGCUUUGACAAGCUCAAGGAACACAAACUGAAACAGCAUGACAUUGGCCAGCCCCCAGGCAAAAAGAUGAAGUAUGCCACCAGGGUUCAGAGACUGGCCAAUAGGGUUGCAGAUGGACCUAUCACCAUUGCUGAGGAUGGUACAAUAGUGCAAGCAGUGCAUACAGAUGGUGAGGGGCUGCGGAUGGUUGGACCAAUAACCAUUGCUCAGGAUGGUAACAGCAUCACCAUCAGCUCUGAUCUGACACUCACUGAUGAGACUCUCACAACCAUAGCACAGCUAGCAACUUCUACGUCUCAAAAUACUGUUGAUGGCUCCCAGCCACAAGAAGCUCAAAUUAACAUUAGCACGCCAGAAGGCUACCCAGUUAUUGCCCGUGUUCAAUUUGCCUCCAAUAUUGACAUGGGAAAAUGUGAAGUGGUCGGAUACAUGGCUCAGAAUGAAUGAACUGGGUAGUUUAUUUUUACCUGGAUUUGGGGAAAAUCAGCCUUAUAAAUUAAAAGGUUAAAAGGAACUGAGGACGUAUAGUUUGAUUGAAGGCAAAAACAGUGCUGGCUUUGAGGCAUUAGUUGUUCUUCAAAACUGUUUUAUAUCUGUAAAUUUUGUUUGUGAAGUAAACAUGCUAGCUACACGUUUUUCUUCUUAAGUUUGGUGUUUUGACAUCUGAUCUAUAGAGUGGGGUUAUUCCUGCAUGUGCCUUGCAUUGUGUUACUGCUGUUUCAUUUAUUGGUGUUGCUUAGCUGUUAAAUGCUGUAUCUGUUGAAAAGGCCAUAUCACAGCCAGCCUUUCUGGAUUUUUUUGCCAAAAUUGCCACAUUUAUACCUGUUUAUGUUUGUCUUGCAAUUUUAUAUAUGCAAACACUGAUAAUUUUGUUCAUAAUAACAAUAAUGAUCAACAGACCUUAUUUUCUUCUUCCCUGUCAGAGUAACUCAACAUCUGAUAAAAAGCCUUCCAUUUUUAAUGCAUUAAUAAAUGAGCAAUAGUCAACUUGGGCAUUUUAAGCACAAAAAUUAGAUUCUGUAUAGAAAUAAAUGGCAGUACAUCAUAAUCUAUAGCUUAAAAAUACAUAGAAAUAAGGCUUGACAAGACUUUUUCUCUUUCAAAUGGCUCCUGCCUAUGAUUUUCACAAACAGGAUUUUGAACACAUCUGUUAAACAUUUGUUAAAAGUUUUCUCUUGUCUGAAAUUCUUCAGUAUGUAAAAUAUACCAUUUCAAAACAUUUACAAAAAAACAUGUUAAUUUAAUAUAGAAACAUUUCUGGCAAAAAAGGAACUCUAUAGUUCCAUGCAUUAUCUCUUUCACAGUAGAUUUGGUUCUACAUUACAAUAGCUAUUUAUGAAUUAGGAAGCUUAUGACAAAAUGUAAAAAAAAAAUCAAAGGGAUGAUCAUGUAUAAGAAAA